UGUCUAGUCUUGUGGCCAACUUUGGGAGAAGAACAAGUUAAUGCGAAUUGAAAGCCCACUGGCACUGUAAUAAUAAAAGAAAAUCGAGAGGGAAGUGCGCUGCGAGCCGGCAACCCUUAACCCCUAAAACCCAAAGCUUUGUUCAGCGGCGAUGACUCCCAAAAACAGCGCAUAGACUCCGACGCUUCUUCCUUCAUCACUCCAUGUUUCCUCUUUAGGGGCCACAAUGAAAGCCUUAAGAUCACUGAGAAUACUCAGGACUCUCUCUUCCACCCCGCACAACAAUCUCUGUCCCCUUGAGCGUUCCUUUCUGCGCAGGUUUUACUCUGCUGAACCAGAGCAAGAGGAAGUGACGCAGCCGACAACCUACCAGGGGUCGGAAAAUGAUUCAGAUUCAAUUUUUGAUAGUUCUCAUUACGAGGUUCCUAAUAUUUCAGACACCAGUGCUCACGCCCAUCGGCAACAACAACCCAUCUGGGACCGAAAGUACAGGGCCAGAGCUGAUGAAAUGCUCUUUGGAAAGGAAAUCCCUCAAGGCAAUUUGAGAUUCAGAGAAGAGGAGGAGGAGAACAGGCGGAGAGUGUUGGCCAAGGCUUUGCUUGAGGCGUCACUGGAGAAAGGGGAUAGCGAGGAUGAGGAUGAACAUGUGGCGAAGGAGGAGGACCAGAAAUCACUGGCCGUUGGAAUAAUCGGUGCUCCCAAUGCUGGGAAGUCUGCACUGACUAAUUAUAUGGCUGGUACAAAGGUAGCAGCUGUUUCACGGAAGACAAACACCACAACUCAUGAAGUGGUAGGAGUGAUGACGAAAGGAGACACACAAAUUUGUUUUUUUGACACACCAGGGCUUACGUUAACUUCCAAAGGAUAUCCUCAUCACGAUCUCAAGAGCCGUGUUGAAAGUGCUUGGAGUUCGGUCAAUCUCUAUGAAGUGCUUCUUGUUGUUUUCGAUGUCCAUAGACAUCUUACCAGACCUGAUGCAAGAGUCAUACAAUUAAUUAAGCGUAUGGGAGCUCGAGUCCAUCCCAAUCAGAAGCGAGUUUUAUGUAUGAACAAGAUUGAUUUAGUAAAGAAAAAGAAAGACUUGAUGAAGGUUUCAGAAGAAUUCAAACAUCUCCCUGGAUAUGAAAGGUUUUUCAUGAUAUCAGGACUGAAGGGGUAUGGGCUAAAAGAUCUGUCACAGUACUUGAUGGAGCAGGCAUUUCAACGACCAUGGGAAGAAGAUCCAUUUAUGAUGAGUGAAGAAGUUAUGAAGAUGAUAGCCAUGGAAGUUGUGCGUGAAAGGUUGUUGGACCAUGUACAUCAGGAAAUUCCGUAUGAAAUUGAACAUCGGUUGAUUGAGUGGAAGGAAUUACGAGAUGGUUCUCUUAGAGUUGAGCAACAUUUCAUCACAAGCAAAUUAAGCCAACGCAAGAUACUUGUGGGAAAGAAUGGUUCCAAAAUUGGGAGAAUAGGAAUGGAAGCUAAUGAAGAGCUAAGGUCCAUUUUCAAAAAGCAGGUGCAUCUAAUUCUGCAGGUUAGGCUUAAACAAUGACAAAAUGACAGAGUGGAUUUGAUUUUUAGAGUGCAGCUUCCCCGCCACGCCAUGAAGUAUACAAAAGUGCCAACGUGGGUCCGAAUCAGCCCUAACGCCCAUGCUUGAUACAAGCGAUCAUAGAGAACAUCACCAUGGUAAGAUAUGGGCACCGCAAAUGGUGAUCAUGCGGCCAAAACUUCCUACUUGUAGUAAGAUUCAUUUGGUUAUAAUUGGUAAGCGCGUAUGAAUGUUACAAAUAGACGACCAUAACUUGUUUUAUCAUUUUCGAUUAUAAAUUUCACACAUCUUAUGUACAGCAAUUUUGAUGAUGAAUUCCAUCUUCCUGUUUUCCAUAUGCUUUUCCCUUUGCCAGUCUAGUGGGAGCUUCAGGAGGUAUUCCGCACGAUACUGAUAUCCUUAUUCGACUCUCCCUGCACAACGCAACGAUUCUCUGGAAAUAUAACGAUGAAUCUCGAUGUCCUAAUCACCGGCCCAAGCUUAUCCAAACUUUUCAUUAAAAAAAAAAAAUUCCAAUCACCAAAGAUCAAAGGCAUGUUUGACAAUUUAUCUUAAAAAUAAUUUUCCAUUCUUCAAAACAAAACAAAAAAUUCAAUUUGACAAGGUGUUCAGAAAUUGUUUUAAGAAAUAAGAAAAACUAAAUAUUAUUUUAAAAAUAGAAAAACGAAAAUAUCUUUCAAAUCUUUGAAGGUAUUGUCUUGAAAAAUUAAAAAAAUAUGCAAAAGAUAUCGGUCAUUAUUAUUUUUGGUUCUCAGUCAAAACAAUUAAACAAAUAGAGUUUCCUCAAUCUCAACCCUGGUGAUCAAUACCAAUGUCCUGGAUAAAUAGUUGAUGGCUUCUAAAAAAUCAGAAAACAGUUGAACUUCCCUAAAGUGGUGACCUCUACAUACUGCCAGGCCUGUCUUAAUCGCGAGAAUCACAGCUGCAGUAGAAGGGAAGGAUCCCAGGUUAUUUCUGGAGGCCAUGAUCCGUUCGCCUCCGUCAUUUCUGAUGACAAAGUGCACACUUUUUAACAAGGCUGCAGCACUAUGGCUCUUCCACCUCAGUCGAACACUCCAUGGCCUUUUGACAGUGCGCGGGAGUGUUCAUGUCGCAAUCUAUUGCCAUUCCUUGUCAACAAUUGGAUAACAGCCUGAGCCUGAUCGUCUACUUCCACUUGUAUCUGUCUAAAACCUCCCCUUCAGCCUCAGGCAUGUCCAACUCUAUCAUGGAUACCAGCUUCAUAGCCUCACAAGAUUUCAGAGUAAACUAACACCAAUAAAUAUCAAAGUCAUCGAGCUUUCCUUUUGCCAUUGGAACCCCACCAGGAAAUGAAAAGGAUCACAUCUUGUGUUGGGUUCUCUUUGUUAAGUUUCUUUUUCACUCUUACCAAGUACCUUUCCGCAUGGACGACUGACUUUAGUUGGGUUUAGAAGGCGGUGAAGGCAAAACGUCAUAACACUUGCGCGCCAAAUUGAGGCAAUCCAGCCAAUGAAAGAUUUCUGCAUUGGGGUCCCUCUCGAUCACAACAUCGGACACCGUAAUCUGCAACGCGCCUCUGAAGCUGGUGAUCUGGCCUCGCACUCUAGCUACCUUCCCCAGCUGGACGAGAUCGGCGAAGGCAGCCGCGGCCGCAGCAAUCAGGGCAGCAUCGGAAGGAGAGGAGAAGUGGUUGAGCCAGAGGAUGCAGUUGAUGCAGCCGGUGCCGUCGUCGAGGGUGAACUUGAGAAAUCUGUGGGGUUUGAGUUCACGGGAGGUGACGGUGCCAACGGCUUCGGUGCGAGAGAGGGGGAUGCCUCUGCGAGAGAAAGAGAGAGAAGAGUUAGAAGAAGAAGGGGUUUGGGCGAGGGAAAGAAGAUCGAAGGCGAGUAGCUUCACAUGAGAGUUGAACAAUGGACCAUGCUGCUGCAUUGCACCCUAAACCCUAAUUCACAGAUGCAGAUAGAUCGGAUUCCUCCAACUCCAAUCCACCGCAAGCAGCCCUCUUCGGACGCCCUUUCAGCUGUGUGAGGGAAGAAUUCAUUUAGUGUUAUGGGAUCCCUUAUUACAAUGAAAUUUUGACUUGCACGUCUUCUUCCUGGGGCUUGAAUUACUAGCAUAAAGAUGAUUUGUUUCAUUGUCAUCACAUUGGACCUAUCAUGGUUUUCUGGGAAGGCUAUGUGAGUGACGAAGUGAUGGGCACGUUUGCCCCUAUCAAGCAUUUGAUUCGCCAUUUUUACUUUCGAACAAGAUUCUCCUUGUAAACAACAUCUUUGAGAGGCCUCCUUCGUUUUUGGGUAUGGUUUUUUCCCUCACUAUCUUGUUUGUUUGUGUAAUGUUAGCUCAUCUUCUUUGCUCGAGUAAAUUGUAUCAUUUCAUAAUCUUCGACGGCUUGUCCUGUUUUAUUACUCUUACUUGGGGAAAAAAAUUUCUUUAGAUCCAUGUUGAAUUUUCUAGAUCUUGUAUUCCUAUUUGCUUUUUAGUCAAUGUUCUGGGACUAUUUCUCUUUCAAUACCCUCAAUCAAGCACCCCAUUAUUCGUCUAUAAAAUGACUUCUUGGCAUAUAGAAGAUUAUGCCACUAAUAUGGCAAAUCUUUUCGUUCCCAUCGAUUACUCACCCAACCAAGCGUCUAAAAUUUGCUUUCCGAUUAGAAAAUGCAGCAAAGUUCUUUGGGAAAUAAAUUUCAAUAUUUAUAGCCUUUCUGGGUUCAUAUAAAUCAAGCAACUAGUCUUUCUAUGCUCAACUAGUUCUUUUUAAGAAGAUUAAUUAAUAAUUACUUAGGUUUAAUUUAUUAGUUUUGAAAAUGUAUUGCAAUGAAGGGUGUUUUACUCUAACAGCUUGUUCAAGCAACCGUGGCACUAUUAUUGGUUAGUCAUUUGAUAAUUGAGCUCGGGGGGAGGACACACAUGGGGCAGGUAACACAGCUGGUGGUAAUUUGGAGGAUCAGCGUGAGGACAAUAUUGAUGCUCAGAUUUUACAAGUCACCUAUAUUGUUCAAACGGAGAAUUUGGAGGAUCAUAUCUUGCCUGUUGUUGUCAAUGAUAGUGCUGGUGAUUUGGAUGCAAAGGAAAACAUUACUAGCUUAUGAAUAGGUGUUUGUUAUAAGUUUGUGUAAUGGAUAGGUAUUAUUAGCUUAUGUUCUUGUGUUUGCCUUUUUGGGAACAUUUGUAGUUAACUUCUCAAUAUCAUUGUUAUCAUUUUCAGGAUAUA